AUGUCUUCAAACACCAGAACCUCACGCACCAGUCUUCCUACCCAACGAAAUACACCAAGGCACGCACGUCAUGCCAGAAAAAAAAGAUUAAGUGUACGGGAACGAAGUCUUACGGCCUCACAGGCGAGAGUUGGUGGAGGCCCUCCGAAACCAAGAGGGGGAGCCGGAGUCGGAGGGGAGGAGAAUAACGUUGAAGAAGACGGUCUUCAAAAAGAUUAUGGCCAACGGGCCGAACGAUUAGUUAUUGGGGGGACGAAUAAUGAAUAA